AUGGAAUACUUCAAAAAGGCCAAAAGCCAAGUCAAGGGAGCAGUCAAGGAGGCCCAGGUCCUGCCACAACAGCUUCAGAGCCAGCAUCAGUAUUCCCAGCCACAAUAUCAGCAACACCAGCCGCAGCAAAACAGCUAUUCAACGACAACAGCACAAUACCCCAACCAUCAACACCAGCCGCCGUAUCCGUACCCCAACUGCCAUUAUGGCAACCCCGGAAACGGUGUGAGCCAGGCUGGACCACCACAGUAUCAUUACGGAGGGCCGCAACAUUCAUACCAUCAUGGACAGCCUACAAACCAGGCACAGCCAGCGAUGUCUCCUGGCCACUAUCCGCAAUACAUGGCAGCUCCUCCACCACAACAGAAUGCCACUUACCAAGCACCACCGCCACCACCAUCAACCGCUCGGCCGCAGCCGCAACCAGAUCUCGGGUAUCAGGGGCAUCAGGGAUAUCACGCUGCUCCUGCUCCUCCGCCUCCGCUGAACUACAAUGGUCACGCAGCGCUCCAGCAGCCAGAGGCAGAGUACACGCCCCAGGAGCCUGGGCGUGGUCAGAUACAGAGUUCUUCUCCAGGUCAGACGUUUGAUAUGACUGCAAUGUCUCAAGCCCUAGGUCCCGGUCCAGGCCAGAGCCGCGAUGCUACACAAGCACAACCCCAGAAUCAGCAGCGCCAAGCUUAUCUCCAGCAAGAUCUGCCAUCGCCGGCAGCCCCUCCGUCCAACGCAACCGCUCUUGUACCAUGUCCCAAGUACGAGAUGGCGUCUUUGGAAGUCGCGUCGUUCUACGUUCUGAGGGACGAGGUUUUGAAUGCACAUCAGUCAUCCCCAGGGAAGAAACGGACGGAUCCUGACGCCUUUGCUAUCUGCAGCGCUUGCUUUGCUAGCGCAGUUGCAUCAACAGGAAGCUCUCAGCUCUCUGCAUGUUUUCGUCAACGAGGGAAAGCAAUACCAAAAAACCCCGAGACACCGAGGCAGUCCUUUGAGCAGCUCGAGUGUCGAUACGCCACCGUGCCGCGCCUGCGAGCGGUCAUAUCUCAGUUUGGCGGACAGCAGAAACCACCAUACGAAAGCUCGGCGAUGAUAGAUUCUCUGGUAUAUCUCGCCAAAUCCAUUUGCGAACUCGGACUCUGUGCCGGGGCAGGGCCGGUCACCGAGGAGACGCCAUACUACACUUCCAGAGCACUCGACCAGCUCGCCGUAUGCGGCACCUGCUUCGAGCAAUCCCUCCGCGGUACUCCCUUCGAGCGGGAGCUGUACCGCUCCGCGCCCAUGUCUGGAUGGGGAUGCGAUGUCCGCGGAAUUCGCGGACACGUCUUCAAGAUGCUCUCGCGGGAGCUGGACGCGGGCCCGCAGCGCAUGUCGUUCGGCCGUUUCGCAGAAGCCACGCGAUCCCGGCUUGCCAUCGGCUGUGCAGGAGAGAACAACCCCAUCUGGCCCGUGGAGUCCUCUGCGCCGCACUACAGUUACGAGCCGCACGACCCGAGCAAGGCGGGUGUGUUCUGCGAGGCGUGCUACUGGGACUUCAUCCACGGCACGACUAUGGACCGGUUCUUCAACAGCCGCGUCCGGCUCGACGAGGAGUUUCGCGGCACCAUUUCGUGUGACCUUGGGGGUGUGGCUUCGCGGUUUGCUAUGCAGUGUGCCGUCAGGUGCGGUGACGACGAGGUCUGGCGCCGUUGCAUCUCGAGAAGGGGAACGCUGCCACCUUGUGUUGGACUCAGGGGUGUCGACGAGGAGGAUUUGCUAGGAAAGAAUGCAGACGACGACUCCUUAUGGUAUUGCUUGGCAGAGCAUCCCUCGAUCGAAGUCUGCCCUUUCUGUUACAACUCGACGGUAGAGCUGCUCGGAGCCAGCCACCUCUUCAAACCAAUCGCCCGUCCUCUUUCCCCCGGCGUGAUACGGUUCUGCUUUCUCUCGAACCCAUCAGAUCACGACGCCGACACAUCAGACAGCGCCAAUUUCGAGAAUACGCUGGUCUGGCGCGGGCUCAUUCUGCGGCGAUGGCUGCACCAAGGCUUCGACUCGCACAGAAUCGACGACUUUGCGGGUUUCCGGAGCGCGGCGGGACUCGUAGCUUCGUGGCCGCCCCCUUGCGGCGGCUCCGAGCGGGCAUUCAAGUCGGGAAGCGGCCGCAAGUGGUUCGGCAACGCCUUCUAUCUCAUUGGCGACGACGAGCAACAUAUCAGUCUCAACAUGUGCGAGGAGUGCAAUGAUGACGUGGUCAAGGGCACAGCGCUCGAGUACGACCUGUCCCACGACAAGACGGCGCGGGCGUACGAGAUCUUCCCGGACGGGCUGACGUGCAACCUCGGGACAUCCCGACGUCUGCGGAACGAGCUAGCCGCGUCGCUGAAGAAGGGCACUUUUGUCGACUUUGCGCAGUACUUCUACAGGCGCAAGGAUGUCUCCGAGCGCAAGAGGGCUAUAGACAAGCUCUGCCAGGAGCAGACUGUUCGGCAACAGCAGAUGCUUGAUGCGGUCAACCUCCAGGGCCAGGCUGCCGCGCUUAAUCUCAUGCAGCAGCUCAACGCCAACACGAAAGCUGUCAUCAUGGGUGUCGGCGGGUCCGUGUCGGCCGCCGCGGCGACGGACUACGGCCAGCGCUUCGGCAACGCGACUGUCGGGUAUGGACACUUGACUCACGGGUCGGCGGCGGCUGCGCAGGCACAUCAUGAUGCGCAAAACAUGGCAGCAAGACAGCGGCAGGGUGUGAGCGCUGCGGACUUUAAGCCUUGCGGUGAUACCUGGGCUGAUACGCAGCAGUUGUUGACCUUGGCCAAGGCCGUCGAGGAGGAGUGGAAGGCUGUCAACUAA